AUGAUCGUGCACCACAAUUUGAGUUCACGGUUGAACUGAUCAGACGCUACCAAGUUAAAUUUGGUGCUUCGCGAUCUUUGGUCCAGGGAGACGAGAACACGAACUUCAGUCAACGGUCGAUAGCAGAGUCAAUGAUUGGUCAAUUACACACCUUUGGUCCAGGGAGACGAGAACACAUGGUUCAAGCUGAAGGGAGCUGCUGUCGACGCAAACCUACACCAAGUCUGGACCGCACUCGUACGAGCUUACGAGACGAACACCGUCCCAUUCGUGGGAACCAAGACGUUGAGGGCGUACUGGAACCUACGGUACGAGCCAGGCACGAGAGUCACGUCGUUCAUGACCGAGGUGGAACGACUCGGGGAACUCUGCAACCGGCAGAAACUGUCGUUCUGGAAGCAACAGCUUGGGAUCGGCACCGAGGAACUGCAGGGUUUCUACACUCAGAUCGUCGAGAUCCUUGGAGAGGAACGUGGCAAAGCCCUUUUGUCGAUGGUCCUACACGUCGACGACUUCGCCAUCAAAACUGUUCUCAUGGAGCAGCUUCCCGAGAAGUACACGUUCGCAUUCCGCGAAGAAAAGGACGUCGACUUAUUCCUCGAGAAGGUCCGAACCGCCUACGAUGAAGACGUCAUCAUGAACGGUGUCAACCACAAGGAGCAAACGGAAGCACCUGCGAGCGCGUUCGCCGCCGCUCGCCAAGAGGCCGAUCCGGGUCGGGCACCGCCUUGCAACGGCAAUUGCGCUUGCGGACAGCAACCCCAUGCAUUCGCGACGACUGGUCAGUCCGGGGGUCACGCGGGUCCCACCAGGAACAGCUACCGCUCGGGAGGACAUGGUCGCACCGGUACUCGCGUGGGAGUCAAAACCCGCGCGGAACACUACGCCAACUCCGACAAAUGGGGCAAGAUCGUCGAUGGCAAGUUCAUGUGUGCCAACAACCAAUGCGUGAACUGCUUCGGCUUCGGCCAUCGCCGGGCGGCGUGCACCUCAAGGAACCCGACGGGUGACAGGAUUGCGUUUCUUCAGUCGCUCGACAUCAACGUUCCAGUCACAAGCCAUGGAACCUACUUCGUCGAGGAUCCCGUUCCCAUGAAUCUCGCGGAUCGUAUGGGUGCUUCUUUCCACUUCACCAACUAUGCGGCGGAAGUGCGCGAGCAGACGAUAUUCCGCGCGGCGACGGCCGAGGAUCCUGAGUUGAUUUUCGACACCGGCGCCAGUACGUCUCUCGUCAACGAAAAAUGCAUGUUGAGCGACUAUGCGACGUUAGAUUGCCCGAUCUUCAUGAUCGAUGCAGCGGGAACGCGCACUCCGGCGGCAGGGCGAGGAACUCUAACUGCCGAGUUCGCACUCGCCGAUGGCACGACCUCCAAGAUGUCCAUCGCCGACGUUCUGGGAGCCACGUUCCCAACUUCGUAG